AUGAAUCCCACCUGGAUGGUAGCCAACAUCGCCGAUGAAUUACAAUCUUUUGAAAAUCCUCUUCCAUUACGUCGUGACACAUUAAGAAGAAAAAUAAAUCGAAUAUUAGAAAAUGAAACUCGUAAAAACAUUGACAGUAAAAGAACAUCAGUUCGAAGAAUAAUUGAAGAACUAAAAUUGAAACCAUUUAAACUCAGAAAGGUUGAAAAAUUAACAGUAUUAAACGAACAACAACGUGUUACUUGUGCAAAAAGAUUAAUACGAAAAUUUGGUGCAAGAAAAACUGGUCCGAAAUGGCAAUGGACUAAAAUUAUUGAUAUUGAUUUUUCGGGAAUAUUUAUAAUGGAAAGUUUUCAAAAUAUAAAAAAUAAUGUAGUUUAUGCUGAAGAUCCAUCUGAAAUUCCUGCUGAUUAA